AUGUGCCUCUUAUCGGUACCAGCCGUCAAGGAGAACUGCAGCACUAGUCAGUGGGGCCACUACGUCGACCGACAGCAACUCCUCCCUCACGUCCGCAUCAUCGAGGCCAGCCGCUUGUACUUGCAGUUGCACGUUGCUGAAAGUCCAUCUCCAAUCAUGCUACGCUCCCUCGUUGCGGAGGUGUCUGCUACUUGGGUUGAGGAUCUGCAGGGGAAGGUCUUGCACGACAAGAUCCUGGCAACUCGAAUGAGGAAAGCGGUCGCGGAGAGUAAGAGAGCAGAGGAUGAGCAAGCGAGGUUGCAAGCUGAACGCAAGUCUGCUCAGGCUAAAAUGGCGAGACACAAAGCCGAAGAGGAAGAGAAGUCAGCCAAGAAGAAGUCAGAAUAUGACCAGCUGGCGAAAAAGCUGGCGGAUGAGCAGGCAGACAGACAUAGAAUCGUCAAAGAGCAGGCGGUCGCCCUCGCUGAAACCCAUAGUGUUGCGAAAAAGGCCGCUGACAUCGCUGCUUAUCAGCUGAACAUUAGGAAGGGUAGCAGCGAACGCCAGAAGUAG